UAUACCCUCACCACACCAUCAACGAGGCACGCUGGCAGCCGAUCAACCAUGGCCGCCCAGGUUCCCCGAAAUUUCAAGCUCCUCGCCGAGCUGGAGAAGGGCGAGAAGGGGAUGGGCGCAGGUGCUUGUUCGUACGGCCUGGAAGAUCCCGAAGACAUCUACAUGACACAUUGGCGCGGGACCAUUUGGGGUCCUCCUCAUGGGAACCACGAGAACCGCAUCUACGAACUCAAGAUGGAGUGUGGGCCCAACUACCCGAAGGAGCCGCCCGAGAUCCAUUUCGUCAGCCAGAUCAACCUCCCUGGCGUGAGCCCGAUCGACGGCAAGGUGGACAAGAAUGCCGUGGCCAUCCUGCGCGACUGGAGCCGCAUUGCCGCCGAGCUUGCCAAAAAUGCCCGACCGAAGGAGGAUCCCCUGAGCUUGGAGGCUGCUCUCAUCGCGAUAAGGAAGUACAUGGACGAGCACAAGAAGCUCCCGCAGCCCCCGGAAGGGUCCAAGUAUCAGAUAUACCGAUGAGGAUUGCGAGAAUGAAAGAGACGCCCGACCUCCCUCAGAGCAACGAUGCCCGUCGGACGUGCUCGCUGCGGGCGGCGGUGGUGGAAAGCUACCGGAGGUUCGCAAGCCCAUGGUUUGCGAAGGAUUGUACGACGGCCAAACUCAACCACACGGGGCGGCGGAUGAUCAGAUGAGCAUCAAGAGUUGUAUUACAGCACAUAUGUUACGCCACACGAUGAAGUUCCUUGUCAGCUCCUUUGAGCGCUGCAUUACGGAGCUGCUGCUUAAUGGCUUCACGUGACUUCGCGCCUCGCGGACCCUGCUGUGUGCUGCCUGGGACCCGUCGCGUGCAUCCAUGCCAUUCCCGAAAUUUUGAAUUCCCGGUUCCAGA